AUGGAUACUGCAAAUGAUGAUUCAGAGAUUUAUUUGAGAGUAAUUGACUCUCUUAAAAGACAAAUAUAUGAAACCAAACGACUAAUUAAAGAGCAAAAAGUAAUUAAUAAAGGAGAAGAUCUCAUAUUUAAAAGAAAGAUUGACCAAUGCAAGGCAAGGCUAGCAGUCAAGAGUCUUAAAUUAAAAAAACAAAAGCAAGAUGCUGCUGAUUUUCUAGAAGAAUCUCAAAAGCAAUGAAGUCUUGACUACCAACAAUGCUUAAAUACAAUCCAAACCGUCAAAGCUGCUCGGCUGCAGUCUCGCUAUUUAUUUACCAAAGAACUUAUUAAAUUAUAUUCUUCUCUUGGAGCAGAGCCUUUAUUAUUUAAAAACCUCAAAGAAGGAUCCAAGCUGAGACAAGCAAUCGAUAUAGCGCAGUUAGAAAGAACUCUAACCAACGAGUCCGAAGAACUUCAGCAAGUAACUACAGUUAUUGAUAACGAUUAUUUGCCGGAAUAUACAACUGAGUACAUUCAAUCCGUUAUGAAAGGACAGAGCCCAAAAAGUGACAAUGAUAGGAUUGAAACUCAAAGCAAUUUAGAACAAGUUAAGCUAAAUAUUAUAAGGUCAUAAGUGGACAGACCAUAGCCUACCUAUCUCGCCUAGACCUAACUGACCUAAGGAUUAGCUUCCUAAGUUAGAAUAUCUCUUGUGGAUGCCCCAUUAGUCUAAUAAGCAAAGAUUAAGUGGGAGGUAAAACCUGUCUAGCCCAUCUGGCAGAGACAGGAAAAUUAUUUGGGGCAAAACAAAAUAUCUAUCUUUGGCAGUCAUCCUCAAACCCAAAACCGAAUAGCUACUUCAAAAAUUACAGAGGCAUUAUUUCCAGUUUCAUCAGGACGAGUCCUACCUACUCUAUAAAGAGUAUGCCUCGAAAUCCAUCUUACAUCGAAGUUGCUAUUUUAUUUCUCAAGCAAUUUAGAAGGAAUUAGAGCAUUGAUAAAGUCUUAUGUAACCCGAAGCAAAAAAGACAAUAUUUUAGACACCGAAGAAAAAAAUUAUUUAAUACAAACCUUGGUUGAAGAGCAAAACCAUCGGUAAUUAGGAAGUUCAACCCCCUUCAUUAGCGAACAAAUUUAUUUCGAUAUAAAAUUUGGUAUAUAAUGUUAAUUGCUAUAUUAAUGAGAUCUCCAGAUAAUUCUAUUAAAUUUCAAACUGCUUGUGUCCUAAAGCGUUAAUUUUAUAAUUAAAUUAUUUUUCUUUUCAAUGUUACAAAUCUAAAUUCUAAAAAUAUUUUAAUUAAAUUUUUAAUAUAAAAUUUAAGCCCUUAAUUAAAAUAAAUACUCUUUAGAACAGUAAGGGAAUUUAGAAAACUUGAAAAAGGCGGAAGAUAAGCAAAUAGAAUUUUCAACUGAAAAAACAAUUGAAAAGCUUACAGAGUCAUCGCUUGAUGAAAAAACGAAAGAAAUUACACAAAACUUGUUCUUUCUUCCAAAGUUUGAAGCUGUUUAUAGCAGAAGGCAAAGAAAGUACUCACUCCCCCCCUCCGUGAGUGAAAAAAAAAUUUUGUUCACUGUUAAUUUUUCUUUUUUAAAAAAAUUUAUAUAUUAUUAUUAUUAAUUAUUUUACGUUAUAUCACGCCUGAGGCGUCUUAAUAAAAAAAAUUUAUAUAUAAAUUUUAUAGAAAAAAUUGUUUUUCGAAAUUUAAAAGAAUCUUAAUUCAUAGCAAUAUUAAUUUAAUUUAUAAAAUUUUAUGCUUUAAAAAGCAAUUUGUUUAAAAUUGAACAGAAUUAGCUCUAGAUUUCAUAAUAAUUAUCACUUAUAUAUCAAAAUUUUUUCCAUAAAAAAGAUUUUUCUAUUAAAAAAUUUUUGUUCACUCACGGAGGGUGGGUUUUUGGGCAAAAAAUAGCGAUUUUCUAAUAGUUCUGUUCACUCAUGGAGAGGGAGAGGAGUCAGAGGAUUCUUUAAGAUCUUGUCAAGAAAGUAAGUCUUUUAUUGAUGAAAUUUCUGUUAUUGAUAAAUCAGAAGUUGAGAGACCUUUUAUAUCUGGAGAUUUAUAUGACAGCUCUUCUCAAGAUAACUCAUCGAUUGAUUUCAUGGCCAAUAAUUCAGCAUCAGUUAUAGAUAGAGGGUCAUUUUUUACAUUUCAAGAUGAGUCUAAACGCAGCUCAAUAGAAAUUAAACCUGAAGAGUGCAAGUUCUCAUCUAUUAAUUCAGUAAAGCCCCAAAAAAAGAAAAAAUCAUUGAAAUAUUACAUUUGCUGCUGUUUUAUUACUAAAAUUGUGUAA